CUGGUACAACUUGUUGAAGUUGUUGAUUUUGGUUGCAAUCCUAGCAACCUGCUGCUUCUCGCCGUUUUCCACUGCAUGCCUGGUUGCCAUGGUUUGUGAAUGGGACUGUUUGGUCGCUGCACAAUCCUUCACUGGCAUAGGAAUCCGAAAGUUGCCCUUAAUUUGUGUGAAAAAACUUUCGCAACGCACCUUACCGCCCUUGCGUGCGUGCCUUACGGUGGACAUCGACUGGACCCGUUACUGUCGUCGCUUCCCACUACCAACACAACCAUGGCCGAUCGCAAUUUGGAGCUGCAAACCACGUUGGUGCGCUACAACAACCCGGUGCUGGUGGUGAAACAUGUGGAAAAGCGCGAACCGGCGGGCGAUGUGGCCCCAUCGAAGGAACAGACCGGCCGUCCCGGGUCGGGUGGUGCCGUCGUCGUCGACAGUCCGCGGGAGACGGAGGAGAUACUGAACUGCAUCCUGCCGCCGAAAACGUGGGAAGAGGAUGGGCAGCUGUGGACGCAAACCGUGUCGAGCACGCCCGCAACCCGCCAGGACGUGAUCAACCUGCAGGAGAUGCUGGACACCCGCCUGCAGCAAACGCAGGCCCGCGAGACGGGCAUCUGUCCGGUGAGGCGCGAGCUCUACACCCAGUGCUUCGACGAGCUGAUCCGCCAGGUCACCAUCAACUGUACCGAGCGGGGCCUGCUGCUGUUGCGCGUGCGGGACGAGAUUGCAAUGUCGCUCGAGGCGUACGAGACGCUGUACUGCAGCUCGGUUUCGUUCGGCAUCCGGAAGGCGCUGCAGGCCCAGGAGGGCAAGGAGAAGCUGCAGGAGCAGAUCCAGCAGGUGGAGCACGAGAAGGAGAUGCUGCUCAACUCGAUCAGCGACAUGAAGAUCAAGGCGGACCAGGCCGAGCGAAGGAACGCGGAGCUGCGUGCGUCCGAGGAGAAGAAACACUCGGAGGAGAUUGCCUUCCUUAAGAAAACUAACGCACAGCUUAAGGUAUGCGACUCGACACAUUUGCCUCACUGUGUGUUUGUUUUAUGAAAACGGAUACAUUUAUUGACGAUCGGUUGUCCUGUCUUUUUUGUUUGUUUCUUACAACACAAUCUCUUCUCCGCAGGCCCAACUGGAAGGAAUUAUUGCACCGAAGAAGUAAAAAUCCGGAAACCCCUAUUGCUUGCUGCACGCGCCAUGUGGACCAAUGAAAACGGAUAGUUCUGCCUCUAAGCCUUCAUAUGUUGAUAUACUGUAGCUAAAUUUUUGCGCCUAUAACUAAUACAACACACU